UCCUAUCCACUCACUGACCACCUCUCGCCCUCUCCCCUCCCCGGCUCCCCCCCGCCGCAUCGCCGCGCGCGUCGACGAGCCCGCAACCGCGCGACUCCGCCCGCCGACCACCGAAUCGGUCUCAUGAAUUGGCGGGGCUUGGGGCUACGACGAGCUGUGUGCGGCGCGACUAACGGAGGCGGACACUGCAAGCUUCCUGACCUGGGCGUGCGUGCUCGAUCCGGUCCCGUUCCGGUCGGAUCCGCGGCGGUGCUCCUCUCCGGCGAGGUCGCAGGUCGGGCGGCUCGAUCUGCAAGCGGAGCAGCUCCAGCACGGCCAGGGCGACGACUGCUCCCCGAUGCCGCCACCCUCCGCAAGGAGCGACGACAGCUCGAAGCUCUACGGCACGGCGUGCGCCGAGCGACGUGCAGCGGGGGCGUCGCUGCCUCAGCCACCGGCGUGUCCGACCACCCAUCCACGUCCCCACUGCUGCCGCCGGCCGGCCACACGACGUCGCUCGUCCCGCUGCUUUAGCAGGCCAAGAAACCGGAACGCCCCCCGCGGCUGGCGACCUCGGCAUCUCCAUCGACCGUCUCAGAAAGCGCUACCUCGCCCGGCUCCCGCAUAGCUGAUGCAAGCCAAGAAACAGGGAGUGCCGGCAAUAGUACUCUGAAUCCAUCAAUGCAGCUGAAUCCAUAAUGCUAAUCAAGAGGUGGUUUUGGCCUAACUGGGAUGUGCUUGAGUCCCGCAUAGCUGUGGAGGAGGAAGCUGCUGCCCUUCUUGAGUAUUUUGCAAAGAUCUUCAGUGAGAAAGAGGGCAGUGGAAGGCAGCAACCCAAUCCCAGGAGUUCCUUUGAACCCUUCAGCGUUAAUACAAUAAUGCUUACACAGAUCCUGAGAAGCAGGAUGCUAUACAUGUAUUCUUGGGCCAUUUCCAGUCUGAACAAGGCAAACCUCCUAUUGUGGAAGUUGGACUGAGAUCAGCAUUACAAUGUUGGCCGCCAAGGAACUCUAUGUGAAGAAACUGGAAGGUCCAUAUAAUUAUGAUGUCUUGGAGGGUAUGACGUUCGACAAUAUUUCUAAAUCCUUCAAUGCUGACUUUGAGGAUGGUACAAUCGGGGAGGUAAUUAUUUUUCCUUUUGUCAUGUGAAGCCCAACACUAUGCUCUUAACCAGGUAUGGAUCUUUGAGAGUAUCCUUCAUGGUGAAUAUGAAGAAGUAAUGAAUAUCCAAGUACUUGUUGUGGCUGAAAGGGUAGACCUGCUCUAACCAAAGGACCUUUAGAUGCUUGGACCGGUUCUAUAGAUUAACCAAAGGAUGAUUGUAAUAGUUGGCUCUGCCUGUCAUGUAUAGAGUAACCAAAAGUUGUAUAUGUUCCUCCCAAGUUAUCAUGUAUUACAUUUGUGGACAGUUGUAUAUGUUCUGAUCUAUACACGUAUGCAUAACAAACAAAGCCUGUGUGUUCAUACCUGGGGUUGAAUCCGUACAACGUCGCCCACGGGAACUCCUAUGUCGCUGUCGUGGUUCCGCGGCGGUGGCGUUGUCCAGUGGUUCCGUGGCGGCGGUGCUGUCGAGUGGUUCCGCGACGACGGCGCUGUGGACUGUGCAGACCCAGAUGGAGUCGGGCGGCGAGAUCUAGAUGGACUCAGGUGGCGAUCCAGAUGGACUCAGGCGGCGAGAUCUGGUGCGGGGAAUGAGGUUCUACGGCAGGCCGAUCCUGCAUGGGCGGGGUUCUCGGUGGGUUGGUGUGGGGGUGAUGGGACGGAAAAAACCGGUUGAAAAAAACCAGACAAAAAAAAAACCAGACGAAAGUGGGGGGACUAUUCAACCAACUCGUCCAUUAGAAGUAGAGAUUAGGAGUAGAGAUUACUCUCGAUCAAUAUAUAUAGCUCCCCCGCCUGUGAAAAUCCCUAUGCUGGAUUACUUCAAACCCCCGACCCGGUUUCACAUCGCCGAGGUCUUCGCCGUCAGUGAAUCUGGAAGCAAGGCGGUGCUCUCCGCUGCCAAGUUUCUUCUAGGGGUUUCAUCCUCUCUUGACGGUGAACCGCUGAGACGCUGCUCCGGCUUCUGGGUCGAUUGGGAUGAGGACAAGAAAACCGGCCUUGUUUUGACAACUGCGUGGCUGAUUCGCACAAAGGAUUCUCCUGACAGCGGCGAAGAGUAUGCUCCGCGUGCUGAUGUCACUGUUCAUUUGCUAAAUGGCACCAGUGCAAAGGGUGAUCUGGUCUACUACCAGCCCCAUUACGAUAUCGCUUUCUUGAAUAUUGAGGUGGAUCAACCUAUCAAGUUACCAUCUUUCUGUGAAGAAGGUGUAAAAUUUGCCGAAGACGUUUUUCGGCUCGGAAGAGAUAAUUCCUUGAAUCUAAGGAUAACAUAUGCUAGGGCAGAAUAUCAGAAUCCAAACAUGUAUCGGCGGUAUCACAAUGUACACUUCCGUUCUCCAGAUGGCCAUGGUGAUGAUAACGAGUAUGACAAUGGGGGCCUAGCCAUUGACUUGAAGGAAAAAGUUGUCGGAAUGGUCAACCUCCCUAAGAGAUUUUGGUCUUUCAUACCUUCUUCCAUUUUGUUCAAUUGUUUGGAUUCAUGGAAGAAAUAUCGGUGCGUUUUUCCUCUCAGAUCUGUGAUAGCGUCUAUAUGAUUAUUCGAUGAUGCUAAGCUAAUGUGUUCUCUCCUAUUUUUUCUUCUUACUUUUCGUUAGAAGUCAAACUAUUUUUUGCAGUAUCUAUUUGCUCACUUUUAUGCAAGUUAACAAUGUUCAGUAAUUGGUAGCAUAUAGAUUGGGUUGCUGAGUAGGGAUUAAUCGGCUUAUCAUCCUAUUAACUGAAUUUAUCGGUAGGUUAACUAGGGUAUAUCCUAGGCUGCAUCUGAAUUUCUUUUCCAUGUUGGAGCACUUGCUGCAGCAGAAGGGGAUAAUUGACGAUAACCCCCUUUGUUGAUCGAUCCUUGAUCAUAUGCCCCUUUGAUGUGUCACUGAUAUGUGGGGUUUAAGUGACCCGACGACGAAGCAGCAGCAAGAAUGGGAGGCGUGUGUCCACUGUGACGUGGCAGGCCGCUGUUCGGGGAUGACGCCGGCGGGGUGUCGGCGGCAGCUCAGUGCGCGAGCUGUGGCUGCUACUCCACGAGUGGGAGAAGGGAGCGAACAGGUUGACCUAAUGCGCGGUAGGCUUUGGGAAAAGGGAGGGAACAGGCUAAAUUUGGGCCAAAAUUGCCCAGGCAGUUAAUUGGCCCAACCUAUAAUUUGGUUUGAGUGGCACCACAAUGUAUACUUCCAUUCUCCAGAUGGCCAUGGCGAUAAUAAUGAGUAUGACAAUGGGGGGCCAGUUAUUGACUUGGAUAGAAAAAUUGUCGGAAUGGUCAACGUCCCUAAGAGAUUUGGGUUUUUCAUACCUUCUUCCAUUUUGCUCAAUUGUUUGGAUUCAUGGAAGAAAUAUCAGUAUGUUUUUUCUCUCAGUGCUGUGAUAGUAUUAGACUAAUGCGGUGUCUCCUAAUUGUUCUUUUUACGUAUUUUUAUGAGUCAGAUUAUUUUUAUUAGUAUCUAUUUUCUUAUUUUAUGAAAUUUAAUGACCAUAAGUUGUGUAAAGAUUCUCAUAGAAAAUACCAUCAUUGUGGUGUUUUAUGUAUAUAUAAAUAUGUUUGAACAUGUGGCUACAAUAAAUGAUUUAGCAAUAAUGAUCAUUUGUAAGAAAAUCGAGAACUAGAUCUUCGAUGGGGCCUAGAUAGGAAGAAACAAGUAGAACCGGCCUGAGAGUGCAAAAUGUGUUACUUUUACGUAAUAUCAUGAAAAUCCCCUCUAUGAGCUUUUGUCCACUACUAUGAAUGAUUCAUCCCUGUUGGGCCUUUCUAAACUCUAUUUGAAUCAAAAUAUUUGGUUAUUAUUGAAUUUUUUUGAACGCGUUUGAUAGAAGCUGGAUUCCAACAAAGAUAUGUUAAAUGAUUAUCUGAUCUGAUGAAGCCACAUCACCCGGCCCCAUCUUGGAAUGAUGUUUAAAGACAUCAAACUUCUAGAACCUGCUCAUGUUGACAUGUUAUGGCGUACGUUUAACGUUGAUGAUGGUCUUAUUGUUCAAGAGGUAGGUAAUGACUUCCUGAAAGUGCUCAAUUUCUCAUUUGUGUAAGGUUAAUUAUUGACAUUUGAGCAUUGGGUGUCUGGAGGAUCUCCUGCUGAGAAAUUUGGAAUCCAAAAAGGUGAUAUUAUUGAAUCUUUCAACGGAAAGCCUAUUUCUUCUAAAUUGAGUUGGAAAAUACGUUGAUGAGCAUAUGCAAAGGCCCUUUAGACGCUGAAGUUCAUAUUUCUGUUGGGGUGUUUCACACACUCAAAGAACGACGAAGCACCGUAGAGCUGACUGCAAAAUUAUCUGAACUUGGAGAAGUUAUUACAAGAGGUCCUACAAACUCUUGAACUGGCUGCCAAGUCGAGGAAGGAUGUUCCUAUGUUGUGUUGUAUUGUGAUGCAUAUUUACCUGUGACCACAUGUAUGUUAACCACUUUGAUCUACUCUCUCCCAACCAAUUCGAUCACAA